AUGGUGCGGAUUAACACCACGUUAUUGCCGACGAAUUUCACGUUCACAAAACGUGUCUUGCCGAAAGCGAUGAAGCACGCCCAGAAGCGGCAGAAGGAGGAAUUGCAGGACAGCAUCGACGUUUACUCUAAGGCCAGAGCGAAUAGCAGUAUUGUCCGUACUACUUAUAAAAAUGAGUCACUGAAAGCGCCAGUGGACAUUCAGCCGCUGCGAAAAACAGCCGGCGAGCGAGCCAUAGAGAAGUUCAGCAUGCUGAAGGAGAAGUUGAUCGAGAAAACUGGAGUACCCGAAGGGGGAUGGAUCGCCAUCGGCGCCUUCGUCCUGUUGGUCACUCUGUGCUGCUUCUACUAUUGCCUGCGACGCUGGUGCGCGAAGAAGCGCUACAAAAUCAAGGAUUCGAAGAGCAGUGCCAAGGGACUGAAGGGCUUCGUCAGAGGCGUCGACCUGCUCCCGGUAUCAGCCAAAGACAAGGCGGACCUUGUUUCGUUGGAGGAAAACAUGGAAGAGAACGAACAGGAGCAAAAGGAAGAACCAAAGGAUUUGAAACUAGGCAGGCUCCAGUUCAAGCUCGACUACGACUUUCAGGAAAACCAGCUGACAGUGUCGGUAAUCCAGGCUGAGGAUUUGCCCGGAAUGGACAUGAGCGGAACCUCCGAUCCGUAUGUGAAAGUUUAUCUCCUGCCGGACAAGAAAAAGAAGUUUGAAACCAAGGUUCAUCGGAAAACCCUGAAUCCCGUAUUCAACGAAUCGUUCAUGUUCAAAGUACCUUUUACCGAAAUUACCACCAAAACGCUUGGCUUCUCAAUCUACGACUUCGACCGAUUUUCUAAACACGACCAGAUCGGCAUAGUUCUGAUUCCGUUGAACACCGUCGACCUUGGCCAAGUGAUCGAAGAAUGGAGGGACAUUCAGCCGCCACCUGACGACAAGGAAGCGGAAAGCAAACUCGGCGACAUAUGCUUUUCGCUGCGAUACGUGCCGACCGCCGGAAAGUUGACCGUGGUGGUCCUCGAAGCGAAAAGUCUCAAAAAAAUGGACGUUGGCGGACUGUCAGACCCUUAUGUCAAGAUCGUGUUGCUUCAAAACGGAAAACGACUGAAGAAGAAAAAAACGACCAUCAAGAAGUGCACUCUCAAUCCGUACUACAAUGAGUCGUUUUCUUUCGAGGUUCCAUUUGAACAGAUUCAGAAAGUUCAACUGCUACUCACGGUCAUGGAUUACGACCGCAUGGGCUCCAACGAAGCGAUUGGGCGCGUGCUGUUGGGCUGCAACGCGAGUGGCGCCGAGCUCCGCCACUGGAUGGACAUGCUGUCUUCCCCUCGAAGGCCAAUAGCGCAGUGGCACACCCUACAGCCGAUGGAAGAGAACGGGAGCUGA